UGUUAUCGCAACAUUUCCCAUAAAAUGCAGAACGCCUAGACUAGCUGGAGUUUGCUGGACAGUUCUAGACGCGAUGCUCAGACUCAGAGUCAGCUAGAGCGCAUUGAGGAGGAGCUCUCGAAGGCAAUGGGGCCAUCUGAUGAGGGUGGUGCGUCAGAAGGCUACCUGAUGCCUACUCCUGUGGACUAUGACAGCGAAGAGGACAGAGAGCGGAAUGGUUGGGAGUGGGAGGCGCCAAGAGAUCCUGCUGAAUCAGAUUACAAAUGUGACUUCGGUGGAGACGCUUUGCAGACAGAGAGUGGGAGCGAUGCAAUGAAAACCUACCAGGAUGGAGAAGUUGAAGGAGAUCUGGCUUUGGGAGAGGGGAUUCCGUCGAACAAAGCUGCGGUGAUAGUGGAGGGCUACCAGCCGUUUGGUUUGGAGGACAACAGGCCUGUGCUUGUGCAAGCAGUGCCUUCGAGGGGCCUCUCCUUCCAGCUUUGGCCUGCCGCCGAGGCCCUAUGCCACUACCUGGAGACCGCUUAUGGUACCAUAAGCGGCCGCCUCCAGGGUCUGAGGGUGCUGGAACUAGGCGCUGGCACAGGCCUUGUCGGGAUCUUCGCCGCUCAGCUUGGCGCUGAUGUCAUCCUGACGGACCUUCCUGGCGUGCUCGAGAACCUGAGGGCGAACGUGGCGCUGAACCAGGGGAGGGCUCAAGGGGUUAAAGGAAACCCCUUGAUUGCCGAUAACCCAGCGGUCAAUGGCAACCAUGUGGUCUUGGAGGAAGACGGGAUGAAUCGAAUCUCAGCGACAGAAACGGGGAACUCCAUCCCAUCUGCAAAAGCAACAGUAAGGUUCAGUCAAACAGAAACGGACGAUGAAGGAUUGGUGCAGAUGUGUACCCUGGCUGGUUCAAGGAUUGGGCUGACAUGCGAGACGGAAACAGAAACCCAGCCAAUAUUGGGUAAGGAGAAAGGUGUCUCGGGAAUAGACGCUUUGGGCCAUGAAGCAGAGUAUGAAGCAGGAUGUCAUUUAGCAAAUGAUCAGGGCAAAACUUCUCGGAGCAUGCACCGGAUCAGUUCGAAGUCAGCUGGCAGCGUCAGUGUAGAACCGCUUUCUUGGGGCGUAAGAGAGGACGUGGAUGCGUUAGUCAAACGGACAGGAGGGUUCGAUCUCGUUCUGGCUUCGGAUGUGAUUUACUACGACACGCUCUUUGAACCGUUGUUGCAAAGCCUGCGGUGGCUGACUGAGCCAGGGGUUGAGGAAACGCCUAGAGCCGGUAGUAGUAGUCCUCACUUUCCCAGUCAUGAAGGGUGCGGAGAUAGCACUGUCGAGAAAGCGUCGGAACGGAAACCGUCUGCAGGCCCACCAGCUAGAGCUUUGAAUCCGGUAAGCAAGAAGCAAAUUGUCUUGAUUGCGCACUUGAGACGCUGGAAAAAGGACGCAAAGUUCUUUCGGAAAGCUAGCAAGUACUUUGACGUUCGGCUCGUCUAUUCUCACCCUCCUGUUGGCGAAGCAAGGAAGGGAGUCGAGGUGUUCGAGAUGGUUGUAAAAAACUAGAUUGCACCGUUACAGCACUCAAUUGCACUCCAUUAGCGCACACUGUC